CUGGAACGCUUUUUUAGCACGCAUCAGUGGCGAGACGAAAGCCCUCAUAGUCAAGAGUCAAUUCUAGAGAGCCAUCCCUCCAAUCUUGAUCAACAUGAAUCCCAAUUGGGCGGCUCCACCAUGGACGGCAAUAAUCCAGGUCAAGGCCUUCAUGAGUCUAACCUUGAAUGUCACGAAUCCGACACUGAUAUCGAUAUGUGUCGCGCCGAUGAAUGUGAGCCUGACGCUUAUAUCGGUGAGUUUCGCAUUGUCGACGAGUCUCCCAUCAAUGGUGAGCUUGACAUUGAUAUCGAUGAGGACGAAUCCGACUAUGAGGGCGAAGAUACACCGGAAGAACUAACUCCAAUAAACGAUAUCAUAUUGGGAACCGAGUCCACCACCUACAGUUGGCACUAUCCUGUUGCCCAUAUGACAUGGGUUAAGCGUGUCUGGAGCGCCCUUGACCCUAAUCUCCCAGAAAUAGCAAGGGACGCUGCCGCAAUGAUACUUCUGGCCGACAGGAAGAAAGGCUGUACCCUUAGCCCUGUCUUCAAAUUCCUAAAUCAGCAAGCCAAGCUUAAAAUGCAGAGUAUGGAAGCCUAUCGUAUCCCGCGUCUGUACCUAGCAAUUCUCCAGGCCAUGGCCUUAUGCGAUGAUGAAGCUAAAUCUAACAUCUACAAGCUCGUUCCGUCUCUAAAGCCAAAGGAACACUCUUCGGGUUCAUAUCGGGAUCUUCUUGCCUAUCGAGGUACCUGGCAUUGGGGCUCUUCCACAUCUAUGGUGGAAAUAUUCCCCACACACCCCCCUAGAGGCCACGAGAGACCUUAUGUUAGCCUAAGUCUGACUGAUGAUUUUAAAUGGCCGAUAGACUGGGCAAUGGACUGGGAUUCGGAAUCGUCCAAAGGAGAGCGCAUCUGUUUCGAAAAGAUUACUCCGCAUUGGGAAGCUCACCUCACGAUAAACAGUCGAGAAACGGAUCCUGUUUCGUACAUAUCACGCGUUUCUGUGAGAGAGGGGGGCAAUUCGCAGGGUCCAACGAUGGUGCCGCACGGAAUGUCGGCUAGUUGCAUCGAAAGAUACAUGGAUAUGAUGCAGUCAGCGGUCAAGUAUCAAACCUUGAAAGGGCAGCUGAAGCUGAUGAUCAAUAAUGGCAAUAUCAAUGGAGAUUCCGUUGAUAAUCUGCUGAAGCAGGUUGAGGGUAUCUAGAGUUGUAUCUUCCUUUUCGGUAGUUUCUUUUCUAUGGUAGGAUUUUCGCCUUUCAGAAUGGCC